AUGUAUAUAUUAGCGCAUCACCUGAUGGAUUUAUUUAGACAAAAGGUAUUCAACAGUGGUUUAUCUGAUACACAAACAGUUAUAUUAUAUUCUCCAAAUAAUGGUGGUCAAUAUAUUUUAUAUGGUCGAUUAAAUUCUGCUGUAUCAAAUACAAAUAUUUAUUGUCCUGGUGCUCUGCCUGUUUAUCGAAAAGUUGUUGUUAUUUUAUCUACUGAAAAUGUAGACGGUCCUUUUACUUUUCUAACAAGAGAUCCAUUUAUUUCACGUGGAAUUGGUGAAUGGUACUGGAAGUGA